GGAGUUUGCCUUAUGAUCACCACCAGCUGGAGGUCUCAGGUUCUCGUGUCGUCAUCACCGGUGAGAAGAUGUAGGAGAUCCUGGCGGGGGCCACAGCUGGGAUGAACGCGCCAGCUGCGCGGCAUGGAGAGGCAGACUCGCCGGUUCUCCAGGGGCUGUGGGAGCUUUUGAGAGGAGGACAUGAGGAGAUCCUGCUCUCUCCUUACCUGCCUGCGUGCUGCGCCUUCCUCACGCACGUCCUCCUCUGCGCACCUUUCCUGGCGCUCGACGUGCUGGGAAGCGUUUGUCCGUGGAUCCGCUCCUUCAGGAUCUCCUCCGAGGCGCAGCCGCCUCUCCGCCGGUGGUGGGACUGUUUUUGGAGGGUGCUGUUCAACUACCUGACCACUGUCCUGCCCGCCAGCGCGCUGUUUCAGAACCUGCGGAGUCCGACCCUGCCGGUGCUGGCGCCAUCCUGCUGGCAGCUCUUUGUGGAAGUGCUGGCAUGUUUCCUGCUGUUUGACCUGCUUUUCUUCAUAUGGCACCUCUCCAUGCACAGGUUUCCCUGGCUGUACCGCAACAUCCACCAUGUGCACCACCAGAACCACAUGACCUUUGCCCUGGCAGCCCAGGAUGCCAGCUCCACUGAGCUGCUGUCUCUGCUGCUGCUGGCCCUGAGCAGUGCCUGGGUGGUGGGCUGCCAUCCUAUGAGUGAAGUCCUCUUCCACCUCCUCAACAGCUGGCUGGCAGUGGAGGACCACUGUGGUUACGACCUGCCAUGGGCUCUGCACAGGCUGCUGCCCUGCGUGGGAGGGGCCCCCCACCACCACAUCCACCACAGCCUGCAACGGGGCAACUAUGCACCCUACUUCACCCACUGGGACCAGCUCUGCGGCACGCACAUUUACUAGUGCUGCAAUCACAUUGAAUGGGUUGAAUGGGAAAUGGCCUCUGAGUGACUAUAAGGUUAAGUGCGGUGACUUGGCUCAUGUUGUCAAGCUCCUUUGAAUCUGUCAAGAUGCUAAGAUGGAAGUUUUCCGAUUGAUUACACUUGUAGGUUCAUAUUCUGUCACGAAAGAAACACUGCACAUUCAACUUCAAGUAGAAAUCCCAUCAACACAUUGUGUCCUAACAAGGCAUUUUAAAAGUUGUGACAACUAAACAUCUUACGUGAUGAUUUUGUUUCAUUUUAUGUGAAAUAAAUAUAUCAUUCCCUGCAUCAUUCCCAAGCAGUAUUUACCAUCUGAAAAAGGACCUGAAUGAUUUUUUCAAGGUGGAAGCUUAUAUAUCCUGUCUUUUUCGUGUGGAUAUGUAUGCAGCGUGGGUGAGGAGACAGGACGGACAGGACAGUGAGGCAAACACAUGAAACAGUGGACUUAGGCUGAACUGUGUUAUGGAAUGGUGUUUAGGUGGGCCUAAAGAGGAUCAUAUUUGAGAAAUAUGUUUUACAUUUAUAGUGAUCAUUCACUACUGUCCUACUGCCACACAUGACUGGCAAGUAUGUGACAUAAAAUAGAUUGACAUCUCUACAGACAAGCUCAUUUGGAUGUAAAGGCUUGUACAGACUUUGAGUCCUUUCUCAUUUACAGUCACAGCAACAGCUCCAUGUGUUACAAUGUAAUUUUGUGACAUUGGGUUUUGAAAUUUUGUAAAAAAAAAAAAAAAAAAAAAAAAAAAAAAAUUCCAAAACCCGAUAAGCCUAGGCACACAGAUGACAGUGGAAAAAAGACCAUGAGUUUUUCUGGUUGUUUGGGUACAAGUUUCUGUUUCGGCUCUGUGUUUGAUGAUUUGCAUGCCCCAGCUCUACUGUCUGUGUGCACUUGCUAUGACAAAUUAGAUUAGACUUACCUUUGUGGAGCCCCUGAAGGGGAAUUAAAAAAAAAAAAAAAAAAAAAAA